AUGUUUCAAACAUUCAGUGGCAGUUCUCGCAGACCUAGACAAGUCAACCUUUCUGGUCAAAAUCCGAAUCCAUUCGCUGCCAGUACUUGGAACUCCUCGGCUUCAGCUUCUGGUGCUCAAAAGACAGUGGCACAUGCGCAACAAGAGAGGGAGCAACGUCAGAGGGAAAGGGAAAGACUUAACGCCGCAAAGAAAAUCCAGAGAGUAUGGAGGGGUCAUAGAAGUAGAACCAAGCUUGCGGAUGCAAGACGAGAGCAAUAUAAGGCGACCUAUAGUUCUUGCGAGGGAGGGAGUGAUGAUCUCAUUCCACUCGAGCAAUUAAAGUUGUUGAUGGCGUUUUGCAACCCCGAGCGGGACGAUGAUGUAGCCCAAUUGACGGAACUCGGCAGGAAGUUCGUUCAUAACAAGAAUACCAGACUGAUAUCCCAAGCAGAGUAUAGAGCUUAUCUCUUCAAGUUAGCAAGACUCACACUCAGUGCUCUCAUACAUACCUUGCCCAGCUACAACAGAGUUCUUUUCAAGCUCCUGUCGAACAUAUUAGUGCAGAAUGGAAAUAUACUGUCACACAUUGCGAUUCCCUAUUAUGAUUUUCUUUCGAGCGCCGUAGUUGGCGGUAGUCUUUCCGAUGAAUGGCGUGCGGAGCUUGUCUCGGCAGUAUUCUUUCCUCUCCAAGUCUCUCCCUCAGCGCCGGGGCAAUCAUUUAGCAAAGUCUCAUUGGACGUUUAUUCAGCAAUGGCAUCUCGAUUCCUUACCAUUCCAGAUUUAGAAUCUAGGCUUGGGGGUCUACAGGUACUCGCGUCUAAAAUGAGUGGCAAUCAUCUAGCUGCCGCUAUAGUUCGCGACUAUCCAAGCAUUUCUUCUUCGCAGUCAAACCCGGAGGCAAAGCUAUGGUUACUUGCUCAUUUUAUUGCAAUAUCCCGCAUGCAAGAGCACCGUGAAGAGGAAUCUGAGCUACUGAGAGCCCUGUCACUUCAAUUAUCGGCGUGCUCCGUCGAUCUCAUUGGCAGAAUUGAUGGUCGCAAACUAACAUCCAAUAAUUUCCAAAGAGGAGAACGUGAAGAAAGUGAAGUUCAGUCUGUCAAAAACUUGCCCAUGUUUAUAAGCAAUAAAUUGUUGUCUUUGUUAGAUAAAGAAUCAAUAACUGGGCUACUCAAAAAAUUUAACAUAGAUUAUGCCAAAGGGUCAACGGCGGGGCAGGAAGAUGCAAGCUUCUUGGCAAGUUACGCCCUUACCCUGCUAAGAAUUUUCCCAGAUCGUGCCGAUGAAAUUCGAAUGUGGCUUUGCUCUAGCUCAGUGACGACUUCCAAUGGAAAUGAGGUGUUGGCUCUCAAAUUCCUUUGGGAGGCAAUGAGUUCAACAAGCACCUUCAAAGCUAUCAUGGCUGAUUCGCGAGCUGCAUUGGAAAUCCUUCAAUACCAAAAACAGCACAGCAAUGAGCUAUCUCAAGAAGUCAUAUCAAGGGAUCGAGAGUGGAGAACCAUUCUUCUUUUCUUAGAACUUUACACGUUUGUGUUAAAGUUCAUAGAUGACGAGGAUUUCCUCGGAGGUAGCACAGACUCGAAUCAAGCGAGUGGAACUGCCUCAAAGAUUCGAGGCAGUGCACUCUCAUUAGAAGCUGUCGAGAAACUCACCCUUUUUCUGAAGAACAUCUCGUUCACCACUUAUUACAAUGCUGCUGAACUUUCUGGUGAUGAUAAUUCUGUUAUCGAGGGUGGCUUAGGCACCUAUUUCGGCAUCAACAACGAAUUCACAAAAGAUGAAAAAUACGCUUCCGAUGGGAGCCAAACAACAAGUAACUCGAGUUGGCCAUUCGCAGGUAUUUCGGGCAUGACAUUUUACUAUUUGCGAACCAUUGUAAUCGGCGUUAUGCGCAUGAUUUAUGAGCGAGAUUCAAGACGACGAUUUUUGCCCAAAGAUCAUUGGCUCAUGACGGCACGUUUUGACAUGAAAGGCUUUAUUCUUGAUGUUAUCAAGGAGCAAGAAAGGCGACAAGAGGUUGCCGACGGCGAAGGAGCUGAAGACGAGUUUGAAGGAGAUGCAGACGAGUACGAGCCGGUUCAAAGUCUUAUGCUGGGUCGUACAACUCGGCCAAGCCACUUGCUGUCUCAAAUGAGACAGCAGGAUAUGUUAAGAAAGCAUCAGCAAAAAAUAAACAAGAGGAAAAUCAUGGCUGCUAUUGGGCCCAGGAUUGAGGUGUUACAAAAUAUGCCAUUUGUCAUACCCUUCGAAACUCGUGUUGAGAUAUUUCGCCAGUUCGUCAUGAUGGAUCAACUCAAGAGGCGAUCAGGAGUUAUCGAUCCAGAUUCAUGGCGUAUGCGUAUGGCAAAUAUGGCACAGAAUCGACAUGCCGCACGAGAAACUCUUGGCAGACAUCAUGCAUCGAUUAGUCGAGAGUCUGUAUUUGAAGAUGCAUUUGAGGCAUUCUUUCCACUUUCAGAAGGCCUCAAAGAGCCAAUUCAGAUCACAUUUGUUGACAGCUUUGGUGCUAUUGAGGCUGGUAUUGAUGGCGGCGGAGUAACGAAAGAAUUCCUUACCAGUGUUACUAAUGAAGCAUUUCGUAAUCCUUUAGAUUACGGUAGCAAUCCAUCACUUUUCGUCACGAAUGACCAAAACUUACUCUACCCUAAUCCAACAGCUAUGGAGCAAGACUAUGAAUUCUUAAGAUCGAUGGGAAUAAACGAAACAAGCCCUGAAUGGAGGACAUAUAGUGUACAUCUGCGUAAUCGCAUGCACUUCUUGGGCCGCAUUGUAGGAAAAUGUUUGUACGAAGGUAUUCUCAUUGACAUUAAUUUUGCUGGGUUUUUUCUUCUCAAAUGGUCCGCUGCAAAUUCUGGCCCAGAAGCAGCAAGCCGUACUAAUUUGAACGAUCUACGUGAUCUUGAUGAAGGAUUGUAUCAAGGGCUGCUAAAACUCAAGAACUAUCCUGGAAAUGUCGAAGAUUUCUCACUCGACUUUACCAUAACCGACACGAUUCCUAAUGGUAUGCCUGGUGGCCGCCCUAAAGUUAUCACCCGAGAUCUUAUGCCUAAUGGCUCUAAUAUACCCGUGACAAAUGAGAAUCGUCUCCUCUACAUUGCUUAUGUCGUCCGCCACCGUCUCCACAUUCAGCCCUAUGAGCUCACGCAGGCUUUCCUUCGCGGUCUCGGCCAAAUCAUAAAUCCCUCCUGGUUGAGCAUGUUCAACCAAGUUGAACUUCAAACCCUAAUUUCCGGCGAGACAUCGGAUAUCAAUAUCAAUGAUCUUCGCGAGAACACACAGUACGGUGGGGUAUAUCAGAUCGGCCACGAUGGACGCGAGCACCCGACGAUCAUGAUGUUCUGGCAGGUCAUGGAAGAACUCAAAGACGAGGAUAGGAGAAAGGUGCUCAAAUACGUUACCAGUACGCCAAGAGCACCGUUAUUAGGAUUUGGAUCAUUGAAUCCACUAUUUAGUAUUAGGGAUAGUAGCUCAGAUGAGGAUAGACUACCCAGUGCAAGUACGUGUGUCAACUUGCUGAAGUUACCGAGGUAUCAAAGCAAAGAGAAAUUGAGAGAGAAAUUGCUGUAUGCUGUCAAUGCGGGGGCUGGAUUUGAUCUUUCGUGA